GUUCCAAAUUCAAAGAGGGAAAACUGAUCCGACUGGUUACAAGAGCCUGGGGGACUGUUUUAGGACUAUUUUCCAACGAGAAGGAUUGCUUGGCUUCUACAAAGGAAUAUUUCCUCCUAUCUUGGCUGAGACACCCAAAAGGGCGGUGAAGUUUUUCACCUUUGAACAAUACAAGAAGCUACUAGGAUAUGCAUCAUUACCACCAGGACUGACAUUUGCAGUUGCUGGCUUGGGAUCUGGGUUGACAGAGGCAGUUGUGGUUAACCCUUUUGAAGUAGUAAAGGUUACCUUACAGACAAAUCGGAAUGCCUUCACAGAG